GGGUCGCCUCGCUGCCUUUGCUUUGCUGCGUGCGCGUCGGCAGCCACGGGAAGUGGGGACUAGGAACAAGAGACCCCUGGCCAGUCGUCCAAUAUCUGCAUCAUCAUCACCAGCCUCUUCGCUGCACACGACGGCAGCCACGGUAUCGCGAGUGCUUUGCUGGCUGGACUAACGAGACGUCUCGUUGUCGCGCGCAGCCGCAAUGUCCAAGUUCACGCGGCUAUGUCUGCGGACACCGCGCCCCCAGAGCCUCUUCGGCCUCAUUAGUCUUCAAACAGGCACCGAGCUCAUAUCGCUGGCCCUCAUCUUCAACAAAGUGACGGGUGUAUACGGGCUGCUCGCCAUCCUGACCGGCUACCAGCUUUCUCUCCUGCAGCUCUCGACCUACGUUUACUCGAUCGGCGUGCUAUGCCUGCUGGUAUACCUCAUCCCGCACAUCAGGAAACAAAGCCCAUUCGAGUGCCUUGCGCUGGCAUGGCUGUAUAUCCUCGACACGUUCCUCAACGGGGCCUACACAGCCGCCUUCGGACUGGAGUGGUAUUUUGCCAGCGAUACGGCAGAUGGCGAUGGCUCGCCGAGACCGUCGACCUCCCUCCCUGGCUUCGUCGUGGAGGGGCUGGAUGGUCUGCGAAGGGAGACGGAGAUGCAUGGAAAAGUGGUCCCGCAAGAGACCGCGACGAGCAUGCUACUGAUCAUUGUCUUCACGCUGAUCCGCGUGUACUUCAGCGUCGUGGCCAUGGCGUUCGCUCGACAGGUGUUGCAGAAGUACAUGCAGCUGAUGAUCCUUGAGGGCCCUGGAGUAGAUGAACACGACGGGCCGUUCGCCGAGGAUCUUCCCGACGGCGACGGCCGAAGGGGACGCCUGGGACGGCUGAUGGUGUCCUUUGGCAGAGGCUACUGGCUGGAUAUUGCCGAGAUGGAGGAUUGGGAGAGAAGUACGCACACUCGCAAGCCACAUGCCGGCGGCACGCUGGCGGGCGAGGUUUGACGGCCCGUUGCUGUAUUGGCCCUGGGUCCGGUAUGGCGUCAGGAGCAGGAGCAGGAGCAGCAGCAGCAACAACGACAACAACAGCAGCAGAAAGCGCCGAAUCCAUACCGGGCCAGGGUUGAAUGACGCGAUUUGAACUCCACGUAUCACCAUCUGCAGCAAAGUCGUUUGGUAGGCGUGGGCCGGGGGCAGGGGAGCGUGGGCGGAAUCCGUUUACGUCUUGGAUAUCAUGCAUAUAAUGUACAGUACUGUAUGAACACAGGGAAUGUCUACGGCGCGUCGGUCAUGGCCCACGGGGCGGUGGGCCGAGCAGCCGGCAUUCGGGAAGGGGAAACGGGUCAUGAGGCAUCACAUCAUUAAAGCUGUCGGACUGUCGGGGCCCGGAAGUCGGAGGAGCGACACUUAUUAGACUUGGGGGGGCGGUCCGGGGUGGUGCGUGCUGGACCAGCCGCAAAUGCGACGAUAGAAAUUUGUAAUGUGCGAUCUCGCAAUCGUUUGGCAGCGCUAGGCGAUCACGCAAUUCUCGAAAAAACUGGCGGGCAUGCGGGGAAUGGAGCUUAG